CUGUCCUCAAUCGUAACGAUCAGAUUGCAUACAGUGACAGAACGUCGUCCUCCUCGACUGGAGCUAGCUACCGAGGUGACGGCUAGGUGUAGGUGGGAAAAGGAGGCUUCGAAUAGCGGGGACCACAUGACGCUCCGAGGCGCUGUUUCGCCCGCCCAAUAUGGUGGUUCGCCUAGCCGCCUUCCCGAGCAGGCGACCACUCUCAGAAUCCAUCGCAUUCAUGCAUCAGCGUGCAAUAUCUCUUGUUGCAUAUCGAGCUCAUCUAGCAAGGAAGUUUCGAUUUGUUCGUCAUUGAGUGAUUGGUAG